AUGGCACCUUCGACGGCUGUUCCACAAGAUGGGCAACAGCCAGUUUUCCGGGCUGUCGCCAGCUCGACACGACAAAUAUUCCAGCUGCUGAAAUGCAUCAGCUUCACCACAAAAGUACAUGUCCAGAUCACACCGGAUGGCAUCCGAUUCGCUGCAGACCAUUCUCGAGUGAUGCAAGGCGUCGCAUUUCUUGACAAGGCUCUUUUCACCACAUACACUCUACAGCUCCCCAACGACAAUGAGGACCAGCCAUUCCCGCAAUUUCAGAUGAACCUUUCUGCACUUUUGGAAGCUCUACAAAUCUUUGGUGCCGCAGAUGCCGCAGCUCGACAAGCCAAGGCUGACGCAGAGCCUUAUCGAAGCAACUUGCGUAAUUAUCGCCCUGACGCCUUCAGUCACCAAACACUGGGGAUGCCCGGCAGCUGCUGUCUUAUGUACGAAGAGGAUGGAUCGCCGCUGGGAGUGAUACUGGAGGAGUCUGGGGUCAAGACACAAUGCAAUCUCGUCACCUACACGCCAGACUCUCCAGAGGACAUUCCUUUCGAUCGAGACGACCUCACAUUCAAGAUCAUCAUGCAGGCCAGAUGGCUUCUAGACGCCCUAUCAGAGCUCGCGCCAAUGUCGCCAGCACGAGUCACCAUCCGUGCGUCCCCGAGCUUGCCUUUCCUCAGUCUUUCCAGUGGCGGUGCGCUCGGCAGUGCCACUGUUGACUUUGCUAGCGGGCGGGACCUCCUCGAAACAUUUUCCGUUCGGGAGACCUGGGCACAGAGCUUCAAAUUCGACCUCAUUAAGUCCGCUAGUGAGGCCAUGCGAAUAGCCAGCAAGGUCAGCUUCCGUGGAGAUGGGCAGGGCGUGCUCAGCCUGCAAUUCAUGGUUGAGGUCGAGGGUGGUGCUGUAAGCUUCUUGGACUUCCGGUUUGUGCCAUACAUCACGCAGGAAGAUGAAGAGACCGACUCCGACGAGGAGGCGGCGUAA